CGGGCACCACUCGCACCAGUCGCAUCAGCGCCCGAUGACGCUGCCCACGCGCGGUGCCGCCCAGCGGGUGCGUAAGGCGGAACUGGCCGCCGGCUUGAGUCGCCACAACGACGAGAACUCCAACUCGCUGGAGGCCUGCGAGAGUCCGGAGGCACCGCCGCUGCAGCAGUCGGAGCCGCCGCCGGAGUCGCUGCCAGAGCCGGAGUCACCGAAUCCCAUUCCGUUGCCGCCGCGCGAGGGCAAGAAACAGGUGAAGACCAGCACGAAGCGCCAUGUGCGCAAGUAUCCACUGAUCAUACCGGCCAACGGACUACAGCGAACCCUCAGCAAGCUGACGGAUUUCGGGGAAGACUCCGCUGGCAAGAUGCCGGAAUGCUCCGCUCACACGCAGCAGCCGACCAACAGAGCCAUCGAGGUGGUGGCCGCUGUCCGGCCAAACAGCAUGCGUCGUCCGUCGCGGGAGUACGAGAACAUGCCGGCGUCGGGGAGUGGUGAGCCGACCCAACACACCUACCAGAACCUGGACAAACUGGCUCCGGCCGAUGCUGCCGGGUUGACGGACACCGCUUCGCUGCAGAUCGAAUCCAUCCUGGAGGCGGACUCGGGCAAGGAGGGCAGCCUGCAGUCGCCGGACGUGACCGACGGCUUCUACAACUUCUCCAUUCAGAAGGAGCACUACAACAAGGCCAGGGAGACGGAGUUCGAGGUCACCCAGAUGGCCGGACUGUAUGUUAACGACGACGAGCUACGCAACCUGGACAUCGAGAGCAGCCGGAAGACGGCCACGCCGGGCAGCAGCUGUAGCGCCAGCCAGCCGGAUGAGGAGCCGCCUCCGGCAGAGCCUGCUCCGGAGCUGAGUCGACGCUUCUCCAGUGCGGACAGCGAGCUGGCCGGCAAUGCCCUGUUCAAGAAGGUUCGAGCAUCCGUCAACAUGGCCAUGAAUCGCAACUCGGUGGCCGAAACCACUUCGUCGAGCGGCAGUCAACCAGGAGGAGCUGCUGCCAAGCCGCAAACCGAAGCCGAGUACUUUGCGGCCACGGCCGCUCGACUGGCGGACUCCAAUUCGGUGAGCUGCGAGGAUCUGCUGGAGUUCUCCGACAAGAAGCCCAGGGGAUGCGAACGCGGCGUGGACUCUGAUGAAGUGCGCAUCAUGGUUAAGGUACUCGGCAAAGAUAGCACGCCCAAUCGUUGUCUGGGUGCCCUGGAGUUCAUCAACUGGGACGUCCACAAAUCCAUCAAGCUCAUCAAACUGCAGAACCUGGUCAGCGAGGCCAAUCUCAGCCUGGAGGCCUCCUUCGAGGCACUGCAGCAGCACGAAUGGGAUCUGCACACCACGGCCCACAAACUGAAUGGCCUUAAACUUUGAAUACUCCUCUAAUUUCGAUUGCCUUGAUCUGUCUGUUUUAAACGACCACCGUUGCCUUAACCUCAUUACUAUCGUUUCGUAAUCGUAAGCUAAGCAUUGAAUAUAAUUAAGUUUCUGGAACCUAACGUAAUCACUGCUCGCCCAUUGGCUUCCUGCAUUCGGAUCGAUCGAAUCUCAGCAUGUACUUAUUCACGCAUGCUUGGUCUGCAUGCAAGUUAAUACUACUACCAGCAUCAAAAUACACAUUUAUACACCUUUAUAGAAAUUUUCAAUAAAUUAUAAAACUUUUUUAUAUA